GCUCUUCACUCCUCUCCUCUCACUUCAAGUGGAUCUAGAAAGCUGCUGGAGCUCUUCUCUUUCUCCUCCAAGGAAUCUCUAGGCUUCUUUCUCUCUCGACAGAAAAAUGGCCUUGUCACAGACAAGCUGCGCUCUCCUGCUGGUUGUUGUGGCAGCAGUUUGUAUCCAGCUCUAUCAAGCUCAUGAUUUUCCUGGACGUUGCUCAUGUCCUAUCACAAUCAAGUUCAUCAAAGGCAAUAUGUCAGAUUUCCAAGUCCUUGAAAGGCGGCCUGGAUGUGAUAAAACUGAAUUAAUUGUAACUAUGAAUGGACCAGACAACUCCAAUGAGAAAAUCUGUAUUAACACUGAGAGAAAGCUGGGCAAGGCUUUUUUGAGAUGCUGGGAAAGGAUAAACAAAGAUGAGAGUCGUAAGAUGGAGUGUAUCGACAGAAAGAGAAAGGCAGAGUGAAAGUACAAAAGAGGGGAGGCCUGACUGGGGAGGAAAUUUAUCCCGAUCAGAGUCCCGGAGGUCACAUGAAAACUGAAGCACACAAGCCCAAGAAUGCUGAGAGCAGAGCUUUCACUGAACUCUUGCACUGGAGAGGAUUGGGAAAUGACAGUGAGAGGGGAAGAAUGGUGGGAGGGGAGGGGAAAUGAUUAACAGCUAGAAGGCAGGAAGGGGAGAGAAUGAGUAAAGAAGAGAAGCUAUGGAAGUCAGACAUGGAACGUAAAUAUAUAUGCAGUAUUAUGGCAGCAAGUCUGUGUAAGAUGGCCACUGUUGAAAUGCACACACAUUUAUUUUUUUGUUUGACAUAUGACUAUUAUUUAUGUUUACUAAUUUAUUCUCAAAAUUUUAUUCCUUUAAUUUUUUACAAAUGUAAAUAAAGUGGAUUUUGAUACAAUUUAAUGCUUUCUGGUUGUUUUUAGCCCCGUUUUCCAGCAGAAACAUUACAUUUAUAUUACCUUGACAGAAAAUAACUCGGAUGAAUCCUGUGAACCAUCUGUUUCCAACUGCCAUUUCUUAAGCCUCCUAAUGAAACCUGUGGCUCACCACCUUCAUUUCUACAGCGAUGAAAUCGCACAGCAUAAAAAUAAAAACAAAAUUAUUCUGCAGUGAAGACGCAGCUGGCACUUAAUGACACUGAAGUGACUUUGUUGCAGGGAGCGACGAAAUUAAUUGUUAUCAUAGAAACAAACGCGCUCUCCUCAGGGAGAAGGGGACUUAGCAUGAUAACAAUUAAAUGAUGCCCAUGAGAAAAUUUGACCACAGCUGUUUGCAGCAGCUGCAGGCCAGAUAAAGGAGGGGGAAUGGAUUCCUGAAGCAUCUCAUGACUC